AUGUCCGAUUCUGACAAUGGUUCCGCCGACUCUUUUGACGACGAAAUUGAUGACUUUGUUGUUACAACGCCCAGGCAAAGCGCCGGCGCUUGGAUGCUGGCGACUCGGAAGGCAAGCUAUGAUAAGAACAUCGUCACCAGAAGACUCGAAUCUGACUCUGUGAAUGCAUUAGGAUCUGAUAGUUUUAUUGACCGAGACGAAGAAGAUGAAUUGCCUUCCCCCGACCAUGCGUUAUUUGAGGGAAUCGACUUCGAAAAUGUCGAAAAGACCUCUAGGUACAAGGUCUUCGUUCCAAAGCAUAGUAAUUACCAGGAGAAUAUUUUUGUCACACAGUUGACCCAACCCCCAUCGCCACCUGAAAUGAUCCGAGGGCCCAGAUGGAAGAAACCCGAUCCUGAACCUCCUACUCCCAAGCCUCCAGCAACCAUGACUAUACCAGCGAGUCGCGCAGACCAGUACCGUGAUGACGAGAAAGAGAUAGAGGCUGCAAUCGCAGCAUCGCUGCGCUCGUUCGAAGAGGAGAAUUGCGGACCUACAUCCGCAAUGGUGGACAAAAGUUCGGCAACAAGAACUGCCGCAGUACCCUCGAAUGCGCAGAAACAGCAUGUCGCAGACGUGCCAUUCGAUGUGGAUGACAUACCGGAUGAUGCUUUUGAUUCCGACCUUUCGCUUUCACCACCCAGAUCCAACUCUCAAGCAGCACUAAGGGGCCCAGUACAAUCGCAAUUCAGUACCAACCGCCCAUUGGGCUUACGUCAAUCCACAUUAUUUGGUAUGACUGCGCGUGCCUCGGAAGCUUCUAUUCCAAGGGGUGAGCAGGUCUUCUCUCCACCGGACAAGAAUGAAGCUCCAACACACCACAAACUCGACGAGGAGGCUUUAAAUACCUGGAUCUACCCAACCAACCUGGGGAAGACGAGAGACUAUCAGUUCAACAUUACUCAACGAGGUCUAUUCCAUAACCUGCUAGUCGCACUACCGACUGGCUUGGGAAAGACCUUCAUUGCAGCGACUAUCAUGCUAAACUGGUAUCGGUGGACUAAGAGCUCCCAGAUUAUCUUCGUAGCGCCAACCAAACCUCUGGUUUCUCAACAGAUCUCUGCAUGCUUCGGGAUCGCCGGUAUCCCCCGAUCCCAAACAACGAUGCUCACGGGCGAAGCCGCGCCAGGCAUCCGCGCGGAGGAAUGGAAGGCCAAGCGUGUCUUCUUCAUGACUCCUCAAACCCUGAUUAAUGAUCUCAAAUCUGGGAUAGCUGAUCCCAAGCGAAUCGUCCUGCUGGUGGUGGACGAAGCGCACCGUGCCACCGGUGGUUAUGCAUAUGUGGAAGUCGUGAAAUUUAUCAAGAGAUACAACAAGAGCUUUCGGGUUCUCGCGCUUACCGCAACGCCCGGCUCAACCGUGGAGUCAGUACAAGCUGUCAUCGACGGGCUGGAUAUCGCCAAGGUUGAGAUACGCACUGAGCAGUCGCUCGACAUCCGUGAAUACGUUCAUGCUCGAAACACCGACGUACAGACAUUUCAAAAUUCCGAUGAAAUGGUAUUGUGCAUGGACUUGUUCUCUCGUACAUUACAGCCUCUUGUCGACCAGCUUUGCAGUCUUAAUGCUUAUUGGGGGAAAGAUCCUAUGGCGCUUACCCCAUUUGGUCUCACCAAAGCCCGGCAGCAAUGGAUGCUCUCUGACGCGGGCAGAAAUGCAAAUUAUGGGUUGAAGGGAAAGGUGAACGCGAUCUUCACCGUCCUUGCAAGUCUCGCGCACGCUAUCGAUCUCCUCAAGUACCACGGCAUCACUCCCUUCUACCGGCAUCUCGUGCAUUUCCGGUCCAACACUGACGGGCAAAAAGGAGGAAAGUAUCAACGCCAGAUUGUUCAAGACGAAAGCUUCAAGAAGCUCAUGAACCAUCUUCAGCCCUGGACCAAAAAUCCAGAAUUCAUUGGUCAUCCCAAGUUGGAAUACCUGAAACAGGUUGUCCUGAAUCACUUCAUGGAUGCUGGCGAAGGCUCGGGCGCGGAUGGGAACCACACUCGAUCGGCAACACGCAUCAUGGUCUUCGCACAUUUUCGUGACAGUGCCGAAGAAAUAGUCAGAGUUCUAAAACGUUAUGAACCCUUGAUUCGACCCCACGUCUUCGUGGGCCAGAGUAGCGCGAAGGGUUCAGAGGGAAUGGAUCAAAAAACACAAUUGAGCAUCGUGCAGAAGUUCAAGAAAGGGGACUACAACACAAUCGUCGCAACAUCAAUUGGUGAAGAAGGCCUUGACAUCGGUGAGGUGGAUCUCAUUGUCUGUUACGAUUCUUCGGCGUCUCCAAUUCGAAUGCUUCAGCGCAUGGGUCGUACGGGCCGUAAAAGGGCGGGUAACAUAGUCCUACUUCUGAUGCAGGGCAAAGAAGAGGAGUCUUAUAUCAGGGCCAAGGACAACUACGAAAAAAUGCAAGAAAUGAUUGCCAGCGGGACCCGAUUCGCCUUCCACGACGAUACUUCUCCUCGCAUCUUGCCUCCAGGGAUUCGGCCUACGGCUGAUAAAAAGCAAAUCGAUAUUCCGGUAGAGAACACACAGGCGGACUUGCCGGAGCCAAAAAGGCGAGCGCGGCCCCCCAAAAGACCUCCAAAGAAGUUCCACAUGCCCGACGAUGUCGAAACUGGCUUUUCCAAAGCGUCGAGUCUCACAGGGAACAAAGGGGCGAAGAAGACAGACAAACAAACUACUAUCCGUAAACCGACCCCUGAACCUGUUGCGAUCCCUGCUCUGGAAGAGGUCCUUCUGACUCCAAGCCAGCAGAAUGAUCUCGAGCGCCGCUACUGUCAUAUCGGAGGCACGAGUCCACAGUUCAUCCGUAACCCCCGUGUUGACGCCUAUCCUCGCCUACAGUCUGUUCCAAGACCUACCAGAGCUGUUAAGCAUGGGGCCCUCACCAGCCGCAUGAUCGGAACCCUACAGAAAAUGCAUCAGGUGGGCGCUGACUGUGAAAGCCGCUACAAGGAUAUUUUGGCUUUGGAGUCAAGCAAGCGGCCGGAGGACUCAGUGCUCGUCCAGGAAUCUGCUCGCCCUAGGCAGAAUAAGAAACUAUCCGUAGGCGUAUCUCGACCCUCGAAAGCACAGCCUCCUCAAACACAAUCCACUCUCGCACCGAUUCGUGAGGGUCUCGUUGAUGAUGGCAUCUUGGAACCAACGGUUCCCAACGAGCUGGCAUCCCUGCUGGGACAUCAGAACCCCAAACCAUUCUACUCAUCGCAAAUAAGUCAAGACGAUCUUGAAUCGGACUUUGAUCUCCCCGAUUUCGACACACUUAUCAAUCGCAAUGCAGAGCGUACCACUCCUCGCAAACGGAAUAGGUUCGUUCUUGGUGAUGACAGCGAUGAAUGA